CUUUCUUCCUGGUCAGAAAUCACAAAAUGUACGCCAGACCUGCAGGCAUCGAGAACGAGCGGAUCUGGGUCGACGGGUGCUUUGAUUUUGCCCACCAUGGCCAUUCUGGCGCCAUGCUUCAGGCCCGCCAGUUGGGCAAAGAGCUUUUUGUAGGCGUGCAUUCAGAUGAGGACAUCUUGCACAAUAAGGGCCCCGUAGUCAUGGCCCUUGAUGAGCGGCUAGCGGCAGUCAACGCAUGCAAGUGGCUGACCGAGGCUGUGCCCCAUGCGCCGUACGUGACGGACCCCGCAUUCAUAGCCAAAUAUGGGUGCAAAUACGUGGUGCAUGGCGACGACAUCACCACAGACGCCCACGGCGAGGACUGCUACAAGGGCGUGAAGGAGUUGGGCAUGUUUGUGGUUGUGCGGCGCACGCCCAACAUUCUGACCACGGAUCUAGUCGGGCGCAUGCUCCUCAUGAGCAAGACACACCAUUUGCCGGCGCUUGGGGCCACGGGCGCCUUGGCGCAGCACCCGCUUUUAGCCGCCGACGGCGCCAUGGAACGGAUCCGCAACUACGCGUCCGACGAAACCGGACUCGGCCGCGGGCCGGGGGUGUGGGUGAAUCUUGGCGGGCCAGCGCCGCUUGAAAACAUCGUGGAGGCCUCCGCCAGCGUGCGGGCCAAAAUGGCGCAGGGCGACAUUGUGUAUGUGGACGGUGGCUUUGAUCUUUUCCACCCGGGCCACAUCGAGGCGUUGCGCCAGGUGCGUGUGGAGGCGGCCAAGACCGGGGCUGCAGUGGUGGUGGGGCUCCAUGACGACAAGGUGAUCAACGAGCAAAAGGGGCUCAACUACCCGAUCAUGAGCUUGUUUGAGCGUGCGCUCUGUGUGUUGCAAUGCCGCUACGUGGAUGCGCUCGUGAUUGGCGCCCCAUAUAUUCCCAGCGGUGAGUUUAUGGACAAAUUGCCGGGUAAAGUAGUCCGUGUGUUCCACGGGGCCACGCCCGUUGCCGCUGGGGUGUACGAGGACGUGGCGCUGCUUUUCGAACAGCUUCCUCAGCACAAGUACUCGGGCAUUAAUACUGAGGUAAUUGUGCAGCGCGUGCUUAGCAACAAAAAGGCGUACGAGGACCGCCAGGCGAGAAAGGGCUGGAAGGCGGAGGUCGAGAAGCGCUUGAAGGCCGAGGAGGCGCGGUAGAGGCCUGGCCAAACUAGGGUCCCGACUUGACCUUCGCUUCAAGUCUGUGGUUCCAGUAUGUGGACCCUGUGCCGGUAAUUUCGUUCCGGACUUUAUGCUGCACCCAGAUGCUGAUAUCGGUGGUUUGGCUGUGUGGUUCUGGAUUUGGCGUAGCGGGCUGUCGGCGUUUUUCUAAUUCCAUGAAGUGACGCUGGGGCUGUCCCAAGUAUUGUCUCUGCUUCCAAUGUUCAGCAGCUGUUUCCAGAGCCGUGUUCCGAGCAGAUGUAGUGCAAAGCAAUAUGCAAUAAAUUCAACUCCAUGACGAUCCAAGCGAAUUUAGCCAAGGCGUAGUUCCAGCGAAAAUAAAAGAUCCAAG